AUGAGAAUCACCCAGGGCAGCUGCACGUUCUACGCGUCAGGGCGUACGUUGUUCCGCCGACAGUCUAGACGUUUUGUAUUCUCUACGUGUCCAGUGCUCGCAAAUGAUCAAUUCACAGAUGUCUUCAAGGGAGGUAGUGUACUGUGUAUCGCUGGCCCUUGUUCCAGUGGCAAAUCCUUGCUUGCUCUGCAUAUUUUGGCUGACAUUCUGAGCAGUUAUGGAGCCGCCCUGGAAGCAGAAGUGAGCUCUAGUUUUGAAAGACUUGUUUACUUCCCUGUUUACGAUAUCCACGAUACUCAACACUUGUUUGUUGCGUUAGACGUUUACUUUCAAUCCGGGGAUUCUAGGGUUUUGGUAAUAGACUCACUUUUGACUAAAUCAGGUACUUUUGAGGAUGAAUUGGUAGAGACUUGUUUGAGAUUGUUAAUACGACUGUGUAUGGACCAUGGACUUUUGAUGAUAUUCACAAAGCGUGAGGGGGGAGGCUUCACCCUACCAUUCAGCGUGGCAGCUUUGUGCCCCCAUGAUCUUCCCUCCGAGAAAGAUGGUUCACGGAACCCGCACAAUGUUGAUUUGUUACGCAACAUUCUCACGUUUGGUCUCCCAGUGGAUUGGAUUCCACUCGAUGAACGCGCCACCAAGCGUCCCUUUGAUGACAUGCGAUCAUUGAUUCAACUCGGGAGAAAGCGUUCUAUGGAUUCUACUCGAGCCUUUUGGAGACCGCAACAAGAUUCGUCUGAUAUUGAUUAUGACGUAUCUUUCCUAGGUAGAGGACGUUCUGAUAGUUCAGGUGUUAUGUUGUGUUGUCUACCCUGCCGCAGAGCAUCCAUCGAUGGGCGCGGUUACAUAGGCUGUGUUUACAGAUUAGACGACCCAACUUCAUCCACUGGUACUAUUACAACGGAGGCAGAUGCGCAUACACGGCGACCAAAUACUCGUGGCUUAAUCCGCAUAUUGCCCUUGUGGCCGGGAAUUGAAUUCUCGGAAGACGAGGACGAUAUGGUUCGCCCUGACAAUUGUCCGGAUUUCGAAGACGUAAGGACACAAGAUAUAGCCGUGAGUGAGCAACUAAUGAUGGAGCCAACUGAACACGAGAUGGUCAAAGGAAUUGUUUCGCCUUGUACGUUGCAUUCACGAAAUCCGUGGUCGCCCUCAACCCAUAUAACGAUGGAUGAUGAUACGCUGCGCAGUUUAAAGUUUGGGCUUUUCAGGAUCGAUGAGGACACUUCUUUGAGAUCUCAAAUGUUCUGUAUGCACCGUUGA